AUGGAAAGGCUCGCCUACCACCUCGGUAUUUACGCCGAGAUGGGCGCGACAAGACUUCAACUCUUGGAGUACGUUCUUCAUGCUGCUGAAGUUUUUUUUUCAGCACUGUUUACUUUUGAAGUCACCCUCCGGUAUAUUGCCAUGCAGCAGCUGUUCUGGAAAGAUUGGAGUUGUGUCAUGGAUUUCUUCAUUGUGCUUGCAACCGAUGCUUCUCUAGUACUUGAGCAGAUAGGCGAUCCGAGUUUCAACGUUCAAGUGGUUCGGCUGCUACGUUGCACCAGAGUGCUUCGCAUUUUCAGAUUGAGCAGGCACAAUGCUCUUUUUGAGUCCGCGAGUUUAAUGUCGGCAGCCCUGCAAUCUUGCGUCGGUGCCGCGACUUGCGCGAUCAUGAUCUUCUUCACUGGGCUGAGCCUACUUGCAUUGCUAAUAACGAGGCUCGUUCGCGACAUGUACUUAAGCGAUGCCUCCCACUUGGACGAACGGCAGAAAGUUCAGCUGUGGAUGUACUUUGGCUCGUACUCACGAAGCAUGCUGUCCAUGUUCGAACUUGCCCUUGCAAAUUGGCCGACAAUCGGUCGCUUCCUCCAAGAUGAAGUCCACGAAUGGUGGAUGAUCUUCAUCAUUAUCUUCAAGCUGACUGUCGGCUUCGCAGUGGAGACCUUCACGGCGAUCGAGAUGGACAACAACAUCAUGGUGGAGAAGAAAAGGCGGGCCGACAAGGCUCACCGCAAGAAGAUGGAGGCGCUGUUCAAGAAGGCGGACCGGAACGGAGACGGAGCCGUCGGCCGUCACGAGUUCGCGCACAUCCUCCGCCUCCCAGCCGUAAUACGCACCUGGCUCGCUUCCAUGAACCUGGACGUCAGCGACGGCGCCCUGGGGACGCCAACGCCAGACACCGCCGCCGACCCCGUUAGGAUCCGUGCGCCCUGAGGAACCAUUGCCGACGCCUUUGCCCCGCUGCGGGCCCCAGGAAAUAGUCACAGAUCGACCCGGACUCAACAAGCGAGGCAGACGAGGAUCGAGGAUACCUGAUCUUGAUCAUGUGACGUGUGAGACGAUCGUGGACGACCUGGUCUUGACCGACCUCUUCCAUGUGAAUUACGUCGAGAUGUUGUUGAUGGGGUGAGGCGUCCGCGACAUGGAGAUGGUGCCAGAUUCGAAUAACAUGUUGCUGGCCCUCUCCUGAUGCCCUCCCCGUCGCCCGUGGCUGCCUCGGCUCGAGGCGGCCAGCCAGUUUCACUUACUUUGCUGUGAAGAAUGAUGUUGUGGCGCGGUCUCGCGGUGCGUGCUUGAAUAAGAUCAUCCUGAUCUACUGCGAGACUACCGCCACACCGC